AUGUCUACAAAUAUAGAAGACCAAGGGGAAGAUUAUAAGGAAAAGGAAGAGCAAAAUAAUCAAGAAGAGGGCAAGCAAAACAGUGUUAUUUUCCCGUCUCAUUCAAAAGGAAAUAACAAUGGUAAACGACAUGCUAGUGAGGCUCCUGAUUCGAGUUUUCUUAUUCAACAUCUUGGUCGGGAUAUAUCAAUUCAAUGUCUCCUUCAAAUGUCAAGGUCUGAUUAUGGAUCAAUUGCUGCAUUAAACACGAGUUUUCGAUCACUAAUUCGAACUGGGGAACUUUAUCAACUUAGGAGAAAAAUGGGAAUAAUAGAACAUUGGGUUUAUUUCUGUUGUGAAGUUCUUCAAUGGGAGGCAUUUGACCCAAAUCGUGGUCGAUGGAUGCGGUUACCUAAAUUAAUUUGCGAUGAAUGCUUUAUGUUAUCUGAUAAGGAGUCAUUAGCUAUUGGUACCGAGCUUUUAGUUUUUGGUAAGGAAUUAAUGGCUCCUAAAAUCUAUAAGUAUAGUCUUCUAACAAAUACAUGGUCCGUUGGAAAAAUGUUGAAUACUCCCAGAUGCUUGUUUGGUUCUGCCAGCCUUGGAGGAAUUGCCAUAUUAGCGGGUGGUUGUGAUCCGCGUGGCAAUAUCUUAAGCUCUGCUGAGCUCUAUAACUCAGAAACCGGAAAAUGGGAAGCCCUUCCAAACAUGAAUAAAGCAAGAAAAAUGUGUUCAGGUGUAUUUAUGGAUGGAAAAUUUUAUGUUGUGGGUGGAAUCGCAGCUGACAAAAUAACACAACUUACAUGCGGUGAGGAGUUUGAUAUGACGACAAAUGAAUGGCGUGAAAUACCUAACAUGUUCCCAAUACGAAAUGGGGUGUUUGAGACACCUCCCUCUUCAGGUUCACCUCCUUUGAUUGCUGUUGUAAAAAAUGUAUUGUAUGCCGCUGAUUAUGCACGACAGGAAGUAAAGAAGUAUGUUAAAGGAAAUAAUUCAUGGGUUACUAUUGGAGGAUUUCCCGAGAACGCCCAUUCAAUGAAUGGUUGGGGACUAGCCUUUCGGGCAUGUGGAGAUCAACUAGUAUUUCUUGGAGGUCGUAGUCUUCAUGGGGGAGGCAUACUGGAAAUUAAUGCUUGGGUCCCAGAUGACAACGCACCACAGUGGAACCAGCUUGCGACAAAGAAUACAAGGAGUUUUGUUCAUAAUUGUACUGUGAUGGGAUGUUGAUGUUUUUUAGUGUUACUUUUGUAAUAUUGAAUUUAUGUUAUUUUUAUUCUAUAUUGAUG